GUUCCACGUCCAUAAUUAAACGAAAACAACCUACCGCCCAUGUGGAAAGUGUUGAACGGCGCUCGCAACCUGCUACUCUGAAAAUCAUACUUCAGUAUUCCGAAGAUUGGCUAUUUAAAAGCUCACUGACUCAAGAUGAGCAGCGGUGGACAGUCGUACCCUCUCGCCUCUCUGUAUGUAGGCGACCUGCAUUCAGAUGUCACGGAGGCAAUGCUCUACCAGAAGUUCUCUCCUGCUGGACCCAUCAUGUCCAUCCGCGUGUGCCGUGACAUCAUCACCCGCAGGUCUCUGGGAUAUGCAUACAUAAACUUCCAGCAACCAGCUGAUGCCGAGUGCGCCCUGGAUACAAUGAACUACGAUGUCAUCAAGGGUCGGCCUAUCAGAAUAAUGUGGUCUCAGCGUGACCCGGGACUCAGGAAGUCUGGCGUGGGAAACAUCUUCAUCAAGAAUAUGGACGAGUCUAUUGACAACAAGGCUCUGUACGAUACCUUCUCAGCCUUUGGCAACAUUUUGUCCUGCAAGGUUGUUUGUGACGAGAAAGGGUCCAAAGGUUAUGGAUUUGUUCACUUUGAGACUCAGGAAGCGGCAAACCGGGCCAUUGACACCAUGAAUGGGAUGCUGCUGAAUGAUAGGAAAGUUCAAAAGACAGGUAAACAAUUGGAAUCUGGCAAUGUCAACCCAAUGGCCAAUUUGCUGGGGCGAACAUGUCAGUUGUCCCUCCUUAGUUUUGUUGGCCACUUUAAGUCUCGCAAGGAGAGAGAGAUGGAGUUUGGUACCAAAGCGAUGAAGUUCACCAACGUCUACAUCAAAAACUUUGGUGAAGAAUACACGGAGGAGAAACUCAAGGAAGUCUUUUCGGCAUUUGGCAGGACUCUCAGUGUGCGGGUGAUGAGGGAUGACAGGGGCCGUUCCCGAGGCUUUGGCUUUGUGAACUACGCUAACCACGAGGAUGCUCAGCAGGCAGUUGAUGAUAUGAAUGGAAAAGAUAUCAAUGGGAAGACCAUCUUUGUCGGUCGUGCUCAGAAGAGACUGGAGCGCCAGGGAGAGCUCAAGCGCAAGUUUGACCAGAUCAAACAGGAUCGCAUCCAGCGCUACCAGGGGGUGAAUCUGUACGUGAAGAACUUGGACGAUACCAUAGAUGACGAGAGGCUCGGGAAAGAGUUUGCCCCUUACGGCACCAUCACCAGUGCCAAGGUCAUGACCGAUGGCUCCCAAAGCAAGGGCUUUGGCUUUGUCUGUUUCUCCUCACCCGAGGAAGCAACAAAAGCAGUGACUGAAAUGAACGGGAGGAUUAUUGCCACCAAGCCACUGUAUGUGGCUCUGGCUCAGCGGAGGGAGGAGCGUAAAGCGAUCCUGACCAAUAAAUACAUGCAGAGGAUCUCCACAAUAAGGACCAUGCCGAGUCCCAUCAUCGACUCUUUUCAGCAGGCCGGAUACUACAUGACUGUGCCUCAGCCUCCCACACGCUCUUUCUACAACCCCAAUGCUGUCAGCAACAUGAGACCAGUGCCGCGUUGGACCGGACAACCACAGAGACUGCAGGGCCCCUACUCGAACCAGUUUGUUGGACCCUCUGUUCCCCGGCGUGGACCGACCCCCAUCGCUACGGUCAGGCAGGCCUCCACUCAGGCUCCACGCAUCAUAAGCUGCUCAAAUAAGACCAGUAAGUUAUAUAACAUCGGCACCCAGACCCAGGGAGGGCGCACUGAUGUGGCUGGUAUGACCAGAGGAGGCCAGUACAAGUAUUCAACUGCAGUGAGAAACGUCCAGCAGGUUGUUAAUAUACCGCAAUCUAUGGCAAGAAUACAGGUUGUUCCUGCCCCGAUGAUGGAGCCACCGCCCGUGCACUUUGGAGGCCGUGAGCCGCUCACCGCCUCCAUGCUGGCUUCAGCUCCACCCAUGGAUCAGAAGCAGCUCCUCGGAGAGCGACUGUAUCCAGUGAUCCACUCCCAGCACCCAAACUUGGCUGGAAAAAUCACAGGCAUGCUGCUGGAGAUCGACAACUCUGAGCUGCUGCACAUGCUCGAUACUCCCGAGUCCCUGAAUGCUAAGGUGGAUGAGGCGAUUGCCGUUCUGCAGGCUCACCAGGCCAAGGAGUGCUCUCCUACCAAGUGAAGAAGCCCUUUCAGAUGUCAACGACUUUCUGGAGGAGGAAAAAAAAACUUUAAAAAACA